GCGGCUGCUCUUCAAGAAUCCUCUGCCACGGCGGCAGUGUACUUCCGGCGACGCUAGCCUCGUAGGCAGAGGAAGAGGCGGAUCGCGGGUCGCGCAGCUGUGGAAGCAUUGGGGCACGACGAGACGAGACGCUUAUAAUUCUCUGGAUUGCUCGACCGCGAGGAUUGCCCGAAGAGCAGACAGUGGUCGCGAUGUCGAUCGUUCCAUCGCUGUGGGCGCCUCCUGCGUUGGCCGUGUCCUCGUCGUUCUCGAACUCGGCUCUUGCGUUCCCUGCGCGUUUCGUCUCUAGAGCGUUCAGGUCCGCGAGGCGUUUCCCCCGCUCGAGGAAUUCGAAAUUUCUGUUGCAAGGUUUGGUUAUUGCCAAGGCCAACGAAGUCCUCCAGGUUUCCUCGCCGACUGCUGGAGCAGAUGGCGCGGCGGAGAGUUCCGGCGAGGAGUAUGAGUGCGUUAUCGUAGGCGCCGGUAUAUCAGGAUUGUGUACCGCUCAGGCCCUCGCAACUAGGCAUUCUAUGGGGGACAAUUUCCUGGUCACAGAGGCGAGGGACAGAGUUGGAGGAAACAUCACAACAGUGGAGGGCGAUGGUUAUAUGUGGGAAGAAGGUCCCAACAGCUUUCAGCCUAAUGACUCAAUGCUGUUAAUGGCGGUGGACAGUGAUGUGAAGGACGAGCUCGUGUUAGGAGAUCCAGAUGCUCCUCGUUUCGUUUUCUGGAAUGGGAAACUUCGCCCAGUUCCUGCUGGACCCGCAGAUUUGCCAUUUUUUGACCUUCUCUCCAUCUUUGGAAAGCUUCGUGCUGGAUUCGGUGCCUUGGGAUUCAAACCUCCUCCUCCUGACAGAGAGGAAUCUGUAGAGGAGUUUGUAAGGCGCAACCUGGGAGAUGAGGUUUUUGAGAGGUUGAUUGAGCCUUUCUGCUCUGGAGUUUAUGCAGGCGAUCCCGCAAAGUUGAGCAUGAAAGCGGCAUUCGGCAAGGUUUGGAAGCUGGAGCAUUUCCACGGAAGCAUAGUGAAAGGGGCGAUCAAUGUCAUCCAGGAGAAGAAGAAGAACCCUCCUCCUCCACGUGAUCCACGAUUGCCCACACCUAAAGGGCAGACUGUUGGUUCUUUCCGCAAAGGAUUGAGCACUUUACCGAACGCCAUCGCAGCGAAAUUGGGAGACAAGGUGAAGGUCAACUGGAAGCUUGAAUCAAUCGAGAAGUCAGGUGAUGGCGAGUAUCGCCUAACUUAUGAGACCCCCCAAGGCAAGAAAGUUGUGUCGACGAAGUCGAUCGUUCUGACGGUACCAUCAUAUAUCGCGAAAGAUCUUCUGGCCCCAUUAUCUGAAAAGACUUCAAACGCCUUAGCAAAGUUUUACUACCCUCCCGUAGCCGCAGUCACCAUAUCAUAUCCCAAAUCUGCAAUCAAGGAGGAACGUAUCGUAGACGGCCAACUGAAGGGGUUUGGCCAGCUUCAUCCUCGCAGUCAAGGCAUUCAAACUCUAGGCACUCUCUACAGUUCGUCGCUUUUCCCAGGGCGAGCACCUGAAGAUAGGGUACUGUUGCUGAACUACAUAGGUGGGGCCACAUAUACUCAAAUCACCACCAUGAAAGAAGAGGACAUAGUUUCCAUUGUGGAUAAGGACGCGAGGAUAAUGCUAGUGAAGAAGGAUGCGCCAGCUCCCGUCGUACAUGGCGUUAGAGUGUGGCCCCGUGCCAUUCCCCAAUUUACAGUUGGUCAUCUCGAUACCCUGGAAGACGCCAGGAACGGGCUGAAGGAAGCACAAUUGGACGGCAUUUUCCUGGGAGGGAAUUAUGUUGCCGGUGUGGCACUGGGUAGGUGUGUAGAGUUCGCGUACGAAAGCGCUGCGGAAGUGGCAGCAUACAUGAAGCAAAAUUCCUACUUGUAGAGGGUUGGGAAGUGAAUUUUUGGCUAAGGUAGCGUAAGACGUUCUCAGGAGACGUGACCUCUCGACGACGUGGAGAUGUCUGGCACGGAUAUUGCACGGCUAAGUUCGAACUACUUGAUCGAACAUUUCUAUGUACUCUCGACCCCUUAUGUAAAUUAUACAAAACAGACGGGCCCCUUUCAACUC